UUGGAGUUACAUACGUCGGGAGUUUUGAGGGUUCGUUCGUAUCAACCGGUGUAUUCCCGGUUGCCCUUUUCCGCGAUCUUCGCUAUCCUGUGGUCCCAGAGGUUUUUCAUGAUGUGUUUUUUACGGAUCGUGCGAGAUUAGAUGAGUUAUUUCAAAUCUGCUUUUAGAUUCCGAAGAACGUAAGUGCGAGAAGCCGGAGUUAAUUAGUUCGAGUUUUUCUUUUCGACGUUUCUGGGACAAGUGCGAAUGCUUCGGGUGUCGAUCGUAUGAAGACCAUUAAGAUUUAGCUUUGCAAUGAUGAAUUCUGGAGCUUAUGUGUAGCGUAUGCGGCUUCAAAUCUGGAAGCACAAGUGAAACGUAAAAAGAGCGAAGAAUAAAAAACGAGCACAUUGCCUCGCAGAGGUGGGAAAUUAUCGGUUCAUUUAUCGUGAUUAUAACCGAAGCGCGAGCGAUAUAUAUGUAUACUGGGAGGACCGCGAGCAGUGUUUAUCGUCGGUGAAGAAGAAGUGUUUGGAAGAAGAGACCACCAGUUCCCCCCUACCUCCUUGUGUUUCCCUUCGGGCAUUCGUACUUAUUCGUAAAACUGUGGCAUAUUUUUUUCCUGUUCCACGGUUUUCUCCUGUUCUGUUUGAACAACCAAGCAAUGCUCGCUCAAUUUAUGCCUUACCGAUAAAAUCGAGCUUCACUUGGGUGCCGGGUCGUGAUCGUGGUCAGCAGCAACAGCAUUGGUGGUAGCGUGGUGCCCUAUGGGUGACUGUUGAUUCCCAGGAAAUCUUCAGUCGAUUAGCGCCUGUUUUUACACUAACAAGUGGUCACGGACAGCAUGACGGUUGCCGUGUCGGGUCUGGUUUGAUUGAGGAAUUGUGAUAAAUAUAACAAAUUAGCGGGAGGUCUGGUUCGAGGAAACCGUUUUCAUUUUAGCUAACGAGAACCGGAACGGAUAAGCUCGGGCCGUCGCUGUUGAGGGCGAACACAAACAAACAGCUACCUAACUUUGUUCGCCGUCGAUGAACAAUCCUAAUGGUCACUGUUGGUAGCGAUGGCGUUUGCCCCCCGCGUGCUUGUUGCGUUUACUUAGCAAAAACGCGUGAUUAAAAGGUUAAAAAGCUCAACAAACAUUGCGCCUCGUACAGGCAAGUGAAAAAGAGAACGUCUUGUGUCAAAAAGUGAAGAAAAAGGUUAAAAUUCGGGUGAAAUUUUUGUGGGCUCUCUGGUAUAUGUAAAGCACAUAAAAAAGGAUAUCUUGCUCCCAUUUUACUCGGUGCAUAGUAUUGUAUUCUACUAAGAUCGAAAACAACGAGUCUCGAAAAAAAAACGGUCCAUUCAGCAGGCAUAAGCUGAGGAAGCAACGAAAUUGAACACGAUGAGUAAACAUUUUAAUUUAAUGUCAUCACAAGGAUAAAACGACGCACCAUCCUGUCGGUCCGUCGUCUGGUGAAGCCGUCGUUCACGGCAACGAAGUCCUGUCGGUGAAAACAAAAAAGGUACUUUGAAUUACAUUGGGUCUUGAUCGCUUGCUGUGGAGUGAAAGGUAUCACCUGGUCCUGCCGCCAAUGGGAAAACUCUCCACGCUUUGCUGUAUACCUGCCGGCGCCGCUACCAUUCCACUCACUCACUCGCCACUCACUACACUACACGAUAGCGCGCGCGUACACACACAUACGCCCUGCAUGCCGCCGACUGUUGACUGCCGUAGGCUAGUGUUGGUGGUGGUGAUUGUGCAACAACGACGACAAGGGUGAAGCGACAUCAGAAAAGCAACACAGCCAGCUGCUCUGCCCGAUCCUUCGUUCGAGUCGCUAGUUCAGUCUUCGGCGCGAAUGCAAUGCAAUCGGACGGGUUCGGGCGAGUGUGUAGUAAGAAGAGUAGCGUCGACGAAGGGAACCUGCUACCCGCGUGACGACUACGACGACGACGAGUGCGACUGGAAACGAUACGAUACGGUACGGAGUGUGUAAUAUGUUAAGACGUGUCCUGGUUGAAGUACGGCGACAACGAGCAGACCGGAAGUGCCGGUUGUGUAUGCCGGCGGAAAAUUUAUAAGAGUGCUGUUUCAAUUUGUGAGCGAAUGAAGCGAGUGGAUGUGAAGUGAAAAUUCCCGUUUUUUGUCACACCGUGUGGAAAACGUGUGCCGCUUACUACUCGCCGCUGGCCCACCCAAGGUCGGCGCAAACCCGUGGUGUAUAUAAUCCAAACGGGAGUGUAAUUCUUGCCAGCUCGUGGAAAACGGAAGAAAAGCGGUCUGUUUUGUGUGGAGCUGGCCCGGAUGAAUAGUGUUGUUGCCUCAUGUGUUAGCGAAGAAGAGAGCAAUUUUCCGAGCCAGCAGCAAACGUUCGAAUUUAGUGAGUCCCACACGAUAGUGAACGUGGUAGUAACAGGGUGGCUAGGGUGCAAGUGAAGUUUCCUCUCAAUUUCAUCAAUGUUCUCGGCUUGUGCCGUUUUGUAACUACCGACUACGGCGACACGGUUCUGCCGGUAUCUGGGCAACAAGAAGCUCGGUAGUAAAAAGUCAGUGCUUUGUCCAAUGUACGUACGGUGCAGUGUAUUGCACUACAACAGCAAAUGAGAGAAGAAUAGCCAGUGUAAUUAAAAAUUUAUUGAAAAAAUCUUAAUUAGAAAACACCGGAGUGGAAGUGUGCGAAGUGAAAUUAUUUGUUCGGAAAGGUUUGGGGACAACUACGGGGGAAAACUGCUUACAUACAUAGAGAUCUAGUGUUGACGUGUGUGGCCUGACGGAGCUUGGAGCUUUGCGAAAACGUGAUUCCCGUCCUGCGGAAGCCAACAUCGUCACAGUAGCCGCAGUAGCAGCAGUACCAGGAACAAAACGAUUGUUCCUUUUUUCAUCUCAGCCAGCGUCAGCAUCGCCAAUGGAUCCACGCUGGCUGCCACCCGUCAAGACCCUGCACUGACGUAGGACGCCACACCGCGAAGCCCUCCCAGCCGCCAUUACAGCGAUUGUGGCAACGGCGGCUGAACCAUUCAUUAUUGUUUCGUUCUCUGAUGUAUUGUUACUUUACGGGGACCGAGAUUGUGUUCCGCUUGUACACGUGCACAUAACUCUUUUCCUGGUAUAACGUACGGUACGGCGGCGGCGGCGGCGGCGGCGGCGGCGGCGGCGGCGGCGGUGGAAUAUCCUGAUUUUUUUUGCGACGUUCCAUUCAACAGACGAAGGUUCCUUCGCGUGUCGCACACAUACAAGUGAAUGGUAAAGCGACUUCCAAUGAGUGAAUGAAUGAAGCCAACCUUUGACUCUGUGGCAGCGCAGAGCAGGAAACAGCGAUACGACAGAGCUUAAACCUUUAUUCAGAACCAGUAGCGUGGAAGCAAAGGCAGAUAACAUGAGCACAAAUAAAGUUACACUGUUUCAAUUAUUUAUUAUCGUGCUCUUAGUUGCAGCUGUAAUUGGCUCGAAAGUGAAUAAAGAGCGUCAGUUGAGACAACAGCAGAAGCAACUGAGUGGUGGUGGUGCGGGGGCGGCCACCAACGGUGCAGAGAAAGGUCAUCAGAGCGAGGCCCCAGGCGGUCAGGAUCCUAUCGAUUUUGGCUACAUUUCCGAUUCACAGGGACUUCCGACCAGGUUUGGUGAUGAGGACGAUGUGAUAUUUGCGAAAAGACGCAAUGAAACCGGACCGGUUGCAAAUUUACACGCUCCGUCGUUUCUGCCGGGCACCGGUGGUACCGGUACGGGACAAGCCGGUUCUUCGGUGGCCAAUGUGAAACCUUCCUCGGGUCAUGGCGAUGAUUACGACUACGACUACGAGGAAGAGCUGGACCACCCGGAGGAAAAUGAUAGCCGUGAUAAGGAUAACGGCGGCAGCAACCAUAAUCACGAUCUCGGUGGUGAUUACACCGAUGGCUUCGAUACCGAUGCGAUAGAUCAGAUCGAAAGUUUCGGCGAAGGUAGCGACACGACCAGUUCGCUUCCGGUGUUUCUGCUGGAACCGCAGAGCACGUAUGUGAUAAAGAACCGACCGGCGGUGCUGCAGUGCAAGGCGUCCCAUGCGUUUCAGAUAUCGUUUAAAUGCAGCGGCGGCAACAAGCCCCCACUGACGACGCAUGAGACGCACGUGGAUCCCCACACCGGAGUUCAGCUGCUGGAGGCCACCACCACCAUCACCCGGGAGCUGGUCGACGAGUUCUUCGGCCGGGGUCCGUUCAAGUGCGACUGCCGUGCCCGGUCGUCCCGAGGUGUCGUCCGGACCCAACCGGCCACCAUCCAAGUCGCAUAUAUCAAACGGCAGAUCAGCAUCUCACCAAAGACGGUCCGCGUCGAGAUGGGUGGCCGGGCGGAGAUCGUUUGCAACGUGAACGCAACCCCAGUGGCCAAGAUCAACUGGCACAAGAACGGUGCCCCCCUGGUCGGCAAUCCACCCAUGUUGAUCACCGUGGAGGACAAAGUGUUGAUCGCACACGUCACCAUGCAGGACAUGGCCAAUUAUACAUGUGUAGCGGAAAACAUCGCCGGCAAGCGUGUUUCGGAUCCCGUCAGCUUCACUGUCUACGUUGACGGCGGCUGGAGCUCCUGGGGACCUUGGACCGAUUGCAAAUGUCCGGGCCAACCGAAGCAAGGUCAGAAGCGGGCCCGAAUGUGCAACAAUCCGCUGCCACUGAAUAGUGGCGCCCCCUGCGUCGGCCACAACACCGAAACCACUCCGGACUGUUUACCGUGCACAGCCGGCCGCUGGUCGCCCUGGUCCGAGUGGAGUGAGUGUGGCCCAGACUGUACCCAGACGCGUCAACGGGCCUGCAUCGGCGGUCCCAUCAUGGCAUCCUCGUCGGCCGCAGCCGCCCUGGUGGCCAAUUCGACCGGCAGCAACGACAAACAAUCACCGUACGACUCUAGCACCAUCAAUUGCGUCGGCAAGAGUCUCCAAUCGGCCAAAUGCUCCGGCGGGACGUGCAACUACAGCGUUCAAGGAUCAAAUUGGACCAUCUACGCUGGCCUGGCGUUAACGGCAGCCGUUUGUAUUGCGAUCGGUGCUGGGUUAAUGCGAAUCGCUCGACGGAAGAAAACCAUUCCGGCUUACAAUCUCGCCAGAUCAGAAAUGCCGUCCGAGUACUUUCCAACGGAGAGCAAGAAGUUAACCCAUUUUCAGCCCGAUUUGACGCAGAAUACGGUUGCCAUAAAUUACGAAUAUCCCCUGACACCCCACCAUGUCUCCAGUCAGCCAACGUCGCAGCAUCACCUGCUGCAGCACCAGCAGCAGCAGCAAUCACAGCACCACGGAAUGCUAACGGGACAGCAGUCACAUCCUGGCGGAGGCGGACCGCAUCACCAGAGUAACUCCCUGAAGAACUCGGUCCCGUUUCCCAGGUCAAAUUCCGAACAUCACUACGACGUGCCACAUUUAUGCAAUAACUACAUGUACCCGGUAGACAAAAUCAGCAUCAAUGAAUCAUACUCAUCGUCCAGCUAUUCGAAGCGUGUCUGCAGCGUCGAAUCCCUGGCCACCUCGACCAACACAUCGGGUGAAUCGAACUACGAUCAUGCGGUUGUGGCGAACUCAACCCUCACGGCGGCAACGCCGGCCGACCAACCUGCGCCCACCUUCCAGGGCACCGACUACACCCAGAUGACGCUCACGUUGGCAGGCGCCCUAAUGCGACUGAACACCUACUCGGCUGCCUUGCUGGUUCCGGAGGGAGCCGUAUCCAAGCACCAAAAGCAGACCAUAGUGCUGUCCAUCGUGAAGGAUGACAAAUUUUCGAUUCAGAGCCAAGGCUCGCGAAUCACCUGUCUAAGUCCGGUUGUAUUUUGUGGCCCUCCGGAUAUCAAAAUUCUCAAACCGAUCGUGCUAAAGGUGCCUCACUGUGCGGAGAAUUUGUCCAACUGGCAGUUCUCGCUGUACUACUCGCCGGAUAGUGCAACCCGGUGGAACGAGGUGGUUACCCUUGGGAAGGAGAACAUCAACACGCCCGCCUUCGUUCAAAUUGACAAGAAAUAUGCGUACGUUCUGACGGAAGCCUUCGGAAAAUAUGUGCUGGUAGGAGAAUCAGCCAAUGAUAUUCAGGAACGGGUGGCCUGCAAAAAGCUGCGAAUGUUCAUCUGCGGACCCUCGACGGUGCCUGAGUUUUCCGACGUCAGUAUACGAAUUUACAUUGUGGAAGAUAACCCGGGAGCUGAGGAGCGGUGUAGAUACUGCGAACAGGAGAUUGGGGGUGUCGUGCUGGGAAAAAGUUCGGUGCUUCACUUCUCCGAUAAUAGUCAAGAUCUGUGUAUAGACAUAAGAUGUGUUGGAGGGUGGAAAUCGAAGCCGUUUGGUGAUCGGCAGGUGAUUCCUUUCUCGCACGUAUGGAACAACAGCAAUUCCACACUGCACUGCAGCUUUACUCUGAGUCGAACGGAGCACGACAAGUGUGACUUCAAGAUUGACGUCCAAGCGAUUCAGGAAAAUAGUGGUUACAGCGUGGCUCCGUCUUGUCUAAGUAUCUCAUCGUUUACCCCUCUCUCGAAAGAUGGCACCAACUGUCAGCACUCGUCUAGUUCCUUCGAAACGAUGACCAUCUGCAGCGUGGGGUCGAACUCUGCGAAUGGAGAGCACAACGUGAUAAACACCGACAAGUUCCGACUCACGAAGCUGGUGAAGAAGAAAUUAUGCAAAUGCCUGGAUCCACCUACGCAGAAGGGCAACGACUGGCGUAUGCUGGCAGCCCAUCUCAGUGUAGAUCGUUAUCUGGCGUAUUUUGCUACCAAGCCCUCACCCACCGACCAGAUCCUGGACCUGUGGGAGUGCCGAAACCGGGAUUUGAAUGCCCUCUGCAAUCUGAUUGAGAUCUGCCGGAAUAUGGGCCGUCACGACGCCGUUAGCAUACUGCAGGAGAUUCAAGCGCCUUCCUGGUUGUAGAUAAGCCGCGAUCUGAACACGUGUAAACCCGGAAUUUUGGUUAUUCGUUCAAAACUAGUUGAUUGUUUUCCGUUUUGAAAUCUCGUUCAUCGUCGUCUUUUGUGUUUCGCAAUAAAACUAACAAAGCUCAAUAUGUAGAUAAUUGGUCAAUCAUACUGACAGCUUUUGCUGCAAAACAAAAUCGCAACGUGGGUGAUCGGCACGUGAUCGACACUGCAUAGCUAAAGAGCUGAAUUGCGACCAUCAAAGCCCGGUAGCCGAAGACUAUUAUUGAUGCAAAUAUAAGCUUAGGAUCCGAUCACUAAAGCUAGCCGCUGCAAGAUGCAUUUUCACACACGCGCACGUAUAUAGGUCAAGUCAAUCUUUAUGAAUAUUUAUAAAUCAUUAUCUCUAUCGGAGCCAGUUUCUAUUUUCCCCUUUUCGCCACCGCCAUGAACGGACAGACAGUUCAUUCAAUAGUGCAAUGUAAUAAAAGUUUUCUCCCAGCGGGUGUGCAUGGUGCAACAAAGUCGGUCGCGAACAUACUGCUCGCUGGCUGGGAAAGAAUCUUCUAAUAUUUUGACCACUUCUGACCGACUGUGCAUCGCGGUCGGUUGAUGUUUGCCUUUUAGUGAGAGCAGUAGCCGCCAACGAUUCCUGCUGCACCAUUACCACAUACCAGUUAACGAGAGCACUGCGCUAAAGGCUGGUAGUUAAGAUCACAGAAGCAUCGUCUGUUAUUAUUUAAAUUAUUAUUUUGCUCAAUGAUUUUUACACUGCUGCAGGGGAUGGUUGUGCAAUGACGUUUAGCGGAACCCCAAACAGAGCUCGAGCAUUGUUUCUAUCGGAACCCGUUAGAGAGAUUCAGUGCCAAUUGAAAUUUUUCCAGUCGGUAAUUUCAAUUGGCCAUUUCAAUCACGGCUUCGCAAAUCGAAUUUCAUGCGCUUUAUGAAAGGUCCACAUACACAGAGAUAGUUGCUGUUUGACGACCAACAUCAGAGUACCUGGCGCGCACGGCUGGGUAAAACCUACAGCUUCCAAUCGCAGCAUGGCCGUUGGCAUCUGGACCAAACCGGCAGCCAAUUACAAUAGCGGCUGCUAUCACCGUAAUUAUUGGCCAAGCUUUGCGCCGGAUAAAAUAUGAUCGAAGUUAAUUGAACGUUGAUAGUUGGAAUUGAUUUUAUACUGUAAAAUUUAUAAUUCUUCAACUGACAGCUUUCUUUAUCGUAUGCUGAGUACAUUGGGCAAUUCAAACUAAUAUCUGACUCCCCGCGGAAGGCAGGUCAUAACCGUUACUGCGCUGGUUCUGAUUGAGCUGUUUAGGUCCUAUUCUCACAAUCGAUUUUUAUUGACAGCGUAUGGAAAAGGUGAAGAAAUUUACGAUAUCUUUUGUGCCCUUAGCAAUUUAUUUUAAAUUUGUGCUGUCUACAAAAACGCAGUUAUGCAAACUGAAUCAUACCGGAAUGUUCAACUACAAUGCACCUUCUUACGUGAACGUGAAUGACGGAUAAGCGAUUUUUCGCUUAAGCUAUUAACAUCGCUAAAAAUCGGAUAUUUUUAAAAUUUUCAGGAAAUAAAUGGACGCAUAUGUUUUUGCAAAGUUGGUUUAUUAAACCUCUUCUAGUACACAGUAAGAAAACUUUAUGUCGAAUCGCAUAUAAAUAUUUGUCUCCAUCGCUUAAGAUGGAAAAUUCCAUAAUGUUCCACGCAAAUUUAAAUGAUAUUGCACAUAAUUUUCAAAUAAAAUCGUAGAUUACAAUAGAAGCAACUGAAAUUUGAAUGAGAAAAUAUUUUUGGUAACGUGCAAUAUUUUGAAUUUUUUACUGUGUAGGCUAAAUGCCCAAACCUUGGACCUAACGCUACCCAACAAAUCCCGUGCAACAUUUGCACUAUCUUCAUUUCACACUUUCUUCCGCUCUAUUUUUAAAUCCUGAUCGUUUUCAUAGACCUUCCUUGUUUUCCAGAGCUUGCCUUUUAUAAUCGCCAUUUUUUAUUCUAUUAAGUGAAGUUCUAGCGAGUUUGGCGGAUUUGCUCGGAACAAAAACAACAUGGUUGGCUUCGUACUAGUCCAUCACUGGUUUUGCGUAAUAAUAUGAUCCUGCCAAAAUAGAGCGUCACCCGCGUUUGACCGGAGGCAGGCAUUCCUCUUGAUAUAUUUGGCCGUCGAUGGUACCGGUCGUUAAGUACGGAUUGCUGAAUUUACCGCACCCACAGAGUGCAGGCCACACCUAGUGCUUCUCGGCAAUUUAGUCGACCUUCUUCUUCCGGAACUUCUUCGGGAAUCGCCAAUGAAAACCUCAAGGCCGGGGAUCUGCUCAUGUUCACUUUAUUGUACGUUUUGCCAUCCAUCAUGAUGAAAUUCGACUGUACCAAUCACUCGCGGUACAGCUUCUUGGCGCGGAAUUUGGCCACCGUAUUCUGUUUGCUGAUUCGGUUAGGCGCUCUCCUUACCUCGAAAACAUGAAGUCCGGUCCGCUUCAUUGUCUGCUAGACGAACCAGACAAAAGAAUUGACCUUCUUAGCAGCGGAGUCGAGAGGUUCGGAUUGCACUUAAAGUAAUCCCUCGCCUUCCUGGCUUUCAUGGAGUAGAAUGUCUUCGCCUUUUUUCCGUUGCCAGCUCAUCGCUGGGUCGUCUGGGUCUCCUUGAACGAUUUCACCACACGAGACACCCAUGACCGCACCAAUAAUUUUAUGUCGAAGCACUUCUUGCUUGGAAUCCAUCUCGACAAAUUGUGACGUAAUUUUGCACAUCCUUCAUUUGUCUGGGAAAACUCCUACAGGGCAGCCAAGAACCUCUAACAGACUUUUAUCAGGACACUGGAAAAAAAAAAACUUAUCGCGCUUAUGCCGUCCCUUUAGCUAUCAGUAGCGGUGGUGGUCGCCGAUGGUGGUCGUCCGGGACUGCUUUCAGCUGCUUUGGCAACUCGAGAUGUUCACCAGUCGCUGCAACGGUCCACGGUGGGGCGAUAUUUUCUCAGUUGCUCCUGCAGUAGACAUCGACGAGGUUGUUUUUUUUUUUGCUCCUUGUCACUUAGCCGGGGUAGCGAACAGUAAUGCAGCUUUAUCUGUGUUUAUAUAGAUUUUUUACGCAUUUUUCAUACAGAUAUCUGCGAUUACAGAUUUUCUGAAAAUAAUAAAGGGUUAAUACAGAUUUUUUUGGUUUUCCUGAAACUUCUUGAUAUAGUUGAAAAACAAAAAUGAACUAAAAUGCUGUUGAGCGUGUCGGAGGUUUUAUUAUGCUACGCAUAAGCGUGUGCAUGAGUAAAUCACGGAAUAUAUAGUAACGAGCUAUACCUAUCCAGUACAUAUGCAGAUUUUUAUAUAGAUUCUUUGAAGUUUUACCAAGGUGACAAGAUUUGUUGAGCUUCAAAAUACAGAUGAAUAUGUGGCAUCACUGAUUGCGAACACUCGAUUCCCGGGCCAGCGGAACAACCUUUACUGGACUUAGCAGUGGAACGACCUUCACUGCAAACCAUACAUAAACGGAACACAAACGGCAAAACUAACACAGUUAAAAACGCGCACAAUAAACCAAAACUUAACGCGAUGUGUGUCCCGCACCGAGAUCGAAGCUAAAGUCAAUAUCCUGUGAUGGCUGCCUCCGCUGACGACCAGAACAAACCCGCCGAGCCGUCAAAGUCGGCAUUUAGCACACCACUUUUUCACAGCUAGAGAAAAAUUCCGGCCUAUCUAAUCCUAAAUAUUAAUUCACAAAUUUGACAUAAAAGCUACUAUCUAUCCAGCUUCCCACGAGCGGUAAUGGCAGACAGUGCACGCAGCCCAUUUUGACGUUUUCUGUAGGUCAAGGAAUUUUCAAUCGAAGUGGUGACCUUUUUUUUUGCUCGACAGUUUUUGAUUUGCCGGUAACUUUAUCAGUCUUCGGUCGGUUCUAACGUGCCAUCUCGGGUUGGAAAACAUGUGAAGACAUUUUUUAUUGGAACGUGAAGACAUUUGGAAAAAAGACCUGGCAUCCUUGCUUGCACGCCUCUUUCUGCUCGUUCCCUUCUGCUCACAGUUGAUGCAAAAUGCCUGCGUCACUACUUGGGUUUACCAUGAAGUUUGUUGUUUACAUUUGAAGCAUUUACUAAUACUUGAAAAAUACACCCCUCCUCCUCACUUCCCUUUUAUGUUUAUAGAAUUGAAAGCAUCUACUAAAAUCAAGAACAAAACUGCCCAAAAGUACACGAAGGCAGCAUGUUCUGUCAAACUUAGUUGCGCAACGUCCUCUUGCAAUGGUCCAUGAUCACAGCACUAAAAAUAUUCAAAAAAAUAAAUUGUUCAAACGCGCGGUUUUCGAAGGAGAACAAAAAAUAUUAUAAAAGUUCUUAUGGGCCACAAUAUUUUUUCUGUGCUAUGCAUAUACAGGGUGUCCCUGAGAUAGAGAUACACUUUAUGCAUGCCAUGAAAUUGAAACAGAUGAAUAUUUCUUCUCUGCUAUUUUAUUAUCAUGGUAAAGUAGUAAAAUUAACAGUUGGAUCAAUUCAAAUAAGAUGCGUUUGCAUUUGUUUACGGCUCGCAACCGCUUCUCAACUUUGAUCGGUAUCUCAUCCCAGAUUUUCACCAAAUGAUUCUCAAAAGAAUCCAAAGUUUUACUUCACCCAGCUUUUCUAGCAUGUACCCUCAAAUGCGAACGAAUACUUUAAACGCUGGCGCUGAAUCCUGUUGAAAGCAGAAACUUUCUUUUCCAAAUAAUUUCUUGGCACAAGGCAGCAAGUGGUCUCUAAUGACGUGUUGUAUUUUUUUAUUAUUUUUACACCUCUGUUGAUGAAUAGCGUUCCUCUGUUGGAUAUUGCUCCCCAAAACAUUACAGCAAAAGCAUUCUGGAAUCGUUCCACUUCUUUUUUACCGUUUAGAAUAUCAUUCAACAAAUCUUGAUUUGUUCUCUAAUUGAAUUCAUUGCAAUUUUUCCCUGAAAAAAAGUGAAGCACUGGUUUUAACUCAUACAAAUAAACUGAAAACAUGUGUCGCAAUCAAAACAAACACAGACAACUAACAGGGCAGAUGCGAAAAGAGGCACUCAAAUGCGUGUAUCACUUUCACGGUGAUACCCUGUAAAUGACAAUAUCGGUUUUAGCCUAUGUGAGUCUUCACUUGAUCCUAUCGCAAUUCGCAGCAUUCAUUCGCACGACUGUUAGGGUGAACUCUAUCUUUUGACUCUAGACAAUCAACUCUAGUUCUAAAUAGGGGAACCGCUCCAUUAUUCAUUUCAGCCUAAUAUUCAUCUCAUACACAUGAAAACAUAAUUGAAAUCAAGAAAAUACACAUAAUUUAUUCUUAGACCAAUCUGCUAAUCCAUGGAAUGGAUUCAUCUUAGUUCCUAGAACUUCUAGAUUCCUCAUAAAGUAUAAUCCUCAAAAACUCACUCAAAAGCUCUAAAUUUGAUAUUAUAGUCGGGCAUCCGCACUCAAAAACUCAUUUAAUUCAAUCACCUACCUCAGAAAACAAAAUCCGCGCAUUGUUCUAUACGGCUACAACAGGACUCGUUCAGCAGCCAACCCAAGUUUUUUCAUCACUAGCGGACCACUUUUUAUUUUAAUCACUAAACAAAAUCACUCACUACAAUCAGAAUACUUAAGUCUUUGAAAUGUUCACCACAAAUUUCCAAAAACAAACUUGAAUUAGCAGAAAUAUAUGAGAUGAAUUUCUACAAUUCCUAAAUUUCUACUGUAUGUAUUUUCAUCUGUUUUCACUACGUUAAAGAAAAUCAAAAGUUGCCAAAUCAUUUUCUGUUAAUACGAAAAAAUCAUACUGAAAAUGUUAAAUUAUUCCGAAAUAAUUGACAGCACUGCAGUGGUUACCUAGGUUACCAAUUUUGCACGUAAACAUUUACAGCGGAUAUCUAGGUAAUCUACUACGACGGGCUGCGGCUGCGUUCAUUCAUAAUUAAAAGUGUGAUGAAUAUGGGGGCGUCGUGAUAAUUGAGCAAUGAAGUUUCGAGAUGGAUAUGGAAGCGUGGUGAAAAAUGGUUUGUUUUACAAAAUUCAGCAUAAAUCAAGCUAAUUUUACUAAAUAUACAAUGCUGAACAAUUUCAUAAGAGCACGUAGGCAUAUUUAGUUUAUUUGUUCAAUGAUUUCGUGAAAGUUUGGUGUUUAGGUUCAUUAAGCAGACAGUGGUGUUUAAUCCGUGCAUUCUUCGUGAAUAUCGGCCUAAUAAGAUGAAUAAUGGAGCAGUUUCCCUAUUUAAGGAUUUUGUGUUUGUUUUGUGUUCGUCACAAUUCUUAUUUCACUUUGCGCAUUCUGCUCUCAAUUUGAAACUUUAAAUUUGUUCUCAACGCCUUUUGAAGCAUUUUUUUUAUUGGGAGCGCCAGUUAAUAUGUUCACAGCGCUUUAUUUUUUUUUUACUUUAGACUAUUAGCGUUCUGUUAUAAUUCGAUCGUAUUUUCAAGCAUUUUUAUUUCUUAGAGUGACUCAAUAUUCUUUUCCGUUAUUCAGUUUGAUAUAACUUUGCGAAUCUACAAAAAAAACACCUAUCUGUAAGGUUCUGUUAACCACAGUUUAAGCAGCGUCCCAAUUUUUUCUGUUCCUGUUUGCAUAUAUAAAAAAGAAUUAUCUUCUCUUAGCUAUGUUUUGCUAGUUGGUUCAGUUAGUUUUACUGUGAAAAGAAAUUGAACGACUCUAUUUGUUAUCAGACAAAACACUCCACUCUAUACCAACUAUAAUAGUAAAUCACGCGAUUCUGAUGAAAAAACACUAGCAAAGUUUAGUUUUGCCAGGGACUUGUAAUAACUAAGUCAGUGUACGUUCAAGAAAAACAACGUCUGCACGGAAUCGCAUUUGUUCUAAGACUGAAUUAAUUACUUAGAUCAAGCUCAAUCCUUAUCUGCUUGUUUGCUAUGGGAAACGAGGUGUCUAGUAUCAGCAUUUUAUUCCGGAGAAGGAAUGUUGGGAUAACAUACUAUUUCUAGCAUGAAGGCCUGUGCACGUGUAAUACGAAGCAUUUACCAAAACUGGAAAAAACCUAAUAAUCGUUUCCAAUAUUUCGUGCUGUAAACUUUUGCCUUACUGAGCUAACUUUUUUUUCUUGGCCUUGUUUUUACUUAGCUGUUUCUAAAUGAUUGCUAAAUUCUUGGAUCACGAUGCUCACCGCCAAUGUUAUCAUGUCAUAAGACACGACCGUUGAUUUAACGUACUGUUACGACAGCCUAUCUUAUGUCAAUGUAUUUUUUUUACGAUAAGUUUGGAAAUACUACACUGGAGGUAAUCAAUUUAAUGGUGGGAAGCAGUAAAUUUCAGUGAUAAUUCUCUACAAGCAAGCAAACAAGACAUAAUGAUCAUACACACACGCUACUUGCGAAUGGCUGAGAAGAAGCGCGACGCGACCGAUUCGGAAAAAAUUACUAACAUGUUCGGACAUGUUCAGCAAUGCUAGGCAGUGAUGUGGUCCGCCGGUUGGUCCGUGUAGAACGCUGCGAUCAAAUGAGUCGCCUGCUCAGCCUUGCUGCGCAUAAAUCAGCUGCUGCUCUAGCGGUUCAACAAGGCUCUGCAUUUUUCAAUAGUAUAAUAGUUAGCAACACAGAAUCACAAUUUUCCGCAUUUUGAUGAAGGUAUAUAGGUACCAGUUGUGGUAUGAACCAGUUAUGACUUAUGGAGUUUAAAUGGAAUUUUUCCGUAACUGGUACCAUUGCGUUUAUGCGAUAUAGUCAUAACUGGUGAACUUGCCAUAACUGGCUCAGCUCCCCUUGCUAAAUUUUCAAUCGAUUACUGUAAGAAUGAAGAACUCCGUCGAAAAUUUGUUGAGUUUCGAGCAUUCGAAAGUGGACAAUUUUCGUAACGCUCUCGAUGUUUUCGGUUCUUCAAUUUUUACCUCCAUAUACGUUGCCAUUAAACGUAAUUCUACGUCAAAAUGUUGCUGAUCCCAGCUAGUUCAGUUUUUCGAUGAUUGACCACUUAUUUUGUAACACCAUCAUAAUUAAUGAGAGCGAGACAUAAACAUAGGAAAAAACUAAGUUGAUUAAAAAAAAUCAUUCAAAGAUUCUACUUCAUUUUAAUCUCUAUGUGUAACUGCCAACUUUCCGCAUUACUAAAAGAAAUAAUAAAUGUUAUGAAAAAUUGCAAUCGCUAUCACCGAAAUAAAAACGACAAAAAAAACAACAAACUGAGCGAAAAUUAGAACCAAGACUGAAUUUGUAAAUAAAGAAAAAAAUAAAAAAGAGUUCACAACUUAAACUCAAACCAGCAAGAAAGCGUGAAACUGUUUCGGAAUGGAUGUUAUACCAAAUAAAAAAUGCUAUGUAAAUAGAUUAAACGGAAAAAGCACUACGUAAAUAGGCUAUAACAAUACUAUCGCAACACAUGCUACUGCUACUACUAUUGCUACUUCUACUACUAGUACUACCCCACUACUCAUGAUUCUAAGAAAGUUAAGCUGCAAAUUUUAUUCUACCUUAUCCAGCUGUGGAGUUGUACUCGAUUACACUGUAAUUCUAUUGUUUGUUUUUGUAAAAAAAAGUUACUCGAUUAAAUUAAAUGUUUUCUGACAAAAGGAAAAAACACGGUGAUACUGUAUACAUUUUUACCUUUUUAUUUGACCAAAUCGGAAAAGCGUUACGAAUGAAUUUAAAAAUUAUUUCAAAAAUAAUUAUCGAACUUACGAAAAAUGCCUUCUACUUCAAUGUUAGAUUAAAUUGUUUGUCCAUGAAAUUAGUAAGCAUACUUAAAAGUUUAUCUUGUGACCCUCAGUCCUACAAUUUCAAAUUGAAAUUAAUCGUACUAUGGUUAUAAUUUUUAAGACAACUUCAACCGUUUGUGAGUGAAAUACACACUGUUUAGUAAAGUAUCAUUUUGCUAGGGUCUAAGUUAACUAAUGUAACUUUUCUUCGAUAUAAUAACUAUUAGUACAACUACUGACAACUGACAAGUGAGUAACGAAAGCAUCCGUUGGAUAAACAACUUCCUACUGCCGGCUUCAUUAACAGCCAGUGCCAAUAGAAAACACAAAACAGCACGAUAAAAUCGCCUAAACAUACCGGAAUUUACGUUGCAAGUUUCGAAAAACAGCAACUUCCAUUAAUUAUCACCGAAGAAUGCCCUGUCAGCGUUGGGCACGGAAUAAAAUAUUCGAAAUCAACGAACAAUUAGUCAUCCAUUUGCGGAUGCUGCAAAUUAUGGUCAUAUAUAUGCUUUUUAUCGAUACAACAUAGACCACCCCAAUGUACCGACGUUGCCGGAAGUUGCGGCAAAAAAACGAAAAAAACAACACACAUACAAGCAUAAAUUGGCCCGUGCGGCGUGCUUGAAGCAAAAACGGAAGCGAAAAUGUUGUCGAGGCAAACUGUGAAAUUUAUGCCGCGCUCUACUGUAAAUAUAGAAUCAAUUUGCGCGCGAAUUUCGAAUGUGUUUUAUUGACGUAUCGUUUUGCCGAGCGGUGUCAUCGGAAGGCCCCAAGCACAUCCUAAUUAUCCUUCUGUUUGAACAAACAUUCCCCUCUCGAGCCGUUAUCUAUCCGACUAUCUAAACUUCAAAUUGAAAUCCAGCAAAAUAAAAAAUAAAACAAUUAUCAUCACAAAUUCAGGAAACAUUCUGCCUGAUUGAACUAUGCUAAUUAAAGGACAAAAACGAAACCACACACCAUUUGCUGACUAAUGGCAAACUCAGUAUACAAAAACUACCGGAUAAAGCUUAUAGCUACAUGUAAUUGAUAGAAAAUAUAAAAAAAAAACUUUGUUAAACGAGCCAACAAUAUAAUACAUUAGUUUUGUGCUGUAAUCAGAUAAUGUUUCAACCAAUAGCAAACCAAGCCAACUCAGUGAUGUGCAUUUAGCGAAUGUUGUAUUCACGCUUGAUUACCAGAUAGGUUCCACAUAUAUAAACAAACGUAAGGCUAGCGAGUUAGAAAGGCAAUCCGCUGCUAGGUGUAAUCGAAACUGUCUAACAAUACUAAGUAAAACCACUGCGGAAAAAAUAAGUUGUGUAUUUAGUGAAAACGAGAAAUGUAGAUAUUUUACAUGUGUAAUAAAUUUAUGUAUAGAAUCUAAGGUUACGAAAUUUAUAUAGUAUACACCUAUGGAAAUAUAUAUUUGUUAUAAAAUAUAACCUGAAUUAUACAAAGAA